AGGUUGGUAGAUCUGGAUCCAGAUCCAAAGUCCAGAGUGGAGGGAGGAGGCUCGGCUGGGCCCCCUUCAUCCAGAGCCCAUGGCGUCCUCUCCCGGCAUCGCAGCUCGUCGCUGGAGAUCAAAGAAAAAGAAAUCAGAGAAAAGGGCUCUGAGAUCCUCACGGAACAGCUGGACGCUGCAAAGAAGGAACUGAAACUAAAGGACAAGGAGUGUGAGCGUCUGUCGCGGGUCAGGAAUCAGCUGGAGCAGGAGCUGGAGGAGCUGACUGCCAGUCUGUUCGAGGAAGCUCACAAGAUGGUGAAUGAAGCUAACGUCAAACAAGCAGGAGCGGAGAAACAACUGAAGGAGGCUCAGGGAAAGAUUGACGUUCUUCAGGCAGAGGUGACAGCGCUCAAGACUCUUGUGUUGACAUCAACACCUUCUUCCCCAAACCGCCAGCUGCAUCCUCAGCUGCAGGCGUCGGGAGCGAGGGGGGGGUACAGACACGUCGGGGGCCACGUCCGCAACAAAAGCGCAAGCGGGGUCUUUCCAUCUGUACCUGGAAAACAAGAAAACACCUCGCUUUCCAUUCAGCCUGCGGCCAAAGAGGACAGAGAGCCCGCUGUUCCUGCUCUCCUUUCUCUGAUUCUCUGCCUGGUUCCUGGCCAGUCUGUCAAUGUGACCUUUGACCGGUACUGGCAGGAGCGGGGGGAGGGGCUGUGCACUGACAGCAGACAGAUGGACUCCGUUCUGUAUGCAGAGUUUUUGAUGUGGAAGGAGAACCUGAGUGCGGAGCGUUCCUCUGCCUUCUUGAGUCGAGUCUACAGAGAAGACAUCGGACCCUGCCUCUCCUUCACAAAGUCUGAGCUGUCACAGCUGGUGCAGAGCGCAGUGGAAAACAACUCUUUGACCAUCGAGCCGGUGGCCAUGUCAGCGUUACCCAUGGUUAAAGCCUCUGCUGUCGAGUGCGGCGGCCCAAAUGGCUUUAGAGCAGCAAUAGAGACAAAAUGUGCAUUGAGCGGCAUGUCGCGCCUCUGCAGACAUCGCAUUCAACUUGGUGAUAAAGGGAGCUACUAUUGCAUCUCUCCCUCCAGCCGAGCACGGAUCACGGCUGUUUGCAAUUUUUUUACUUAUAUCCGCUACAUCCAGCAGGGCCUGGUGAGACAUGAUGCGGAGCAGAUGUUCUGGGAGGUGAUGCGUCUCCGCAGAGAGAUGACCGUGGCUAAGUUAGGUUUCUACCUCACUGACCAGGGCUAGAGACCCUGAUCAUCUUUAAGAUCAGGGUUAAACUGUGGUAACAAUCAGGUCUUUAGCUUGUGUAGCAGAGGUUGUACAGCAUCAGUGCUGCAGCAGGCGUCCACCAACAAGGGAAGCAGAGAAAGUUCAUGUGCCUCUUUUAUUCAAUAUUACAAAGAGUUAAACCAGCGCAGCAAGAAGGAAACAUGACAUUAAAAAAAGCAUUAUUCCCAGAUAUGUAAAAUAUAUUUCUGUUAUACUGCAGGCCUCCAGUCAUUCUCCCCGGUGGAGUAAACUUCUCAUGUUGAUCCUAAUAGACUUUAUGUAUCAUGUAAAGAUGAGCACAACGCAUGACAGCAGUGUAGAGAGUUUAGUUGGUCUCUUACCUCAAGUAUUACAUAUUUGUAUGUAACUAUGUAAUGUUAUAGUUCUACUGUGAGAUAAGCAACAUCUAUGUGGUUUUUUCACAACAAGUAUUUUUACAUAAAUAUAAUUCACACUAGUUCUCGGCUAUCGGCUCAAACACAACAGACUUUCUCUCAGCAUGGCCUUACAUGUGUUGAUGCCCUCCUGCACUACCUGUCCUCGAUGCCUUUCAAAUUCACACAAUAGAAACAGCUUCAUGUCAGCCUGACCUGCACUUCAUUAUAGAAAAAUUGUUAAUGAUUUAGUUAUGACAACCCCACGCUCAAAAUGGUGACAGUUUCACAAUGUAGUCCGAAAAUGAACAAGCUUUAAUACAAGUGAUUGCAAUAUGAAAUGUUUUUCAUGCAAUGAAGAGGAUGUAAAGAUAAUUAAAAGCCAUACAUAACAUUGCAUGAAUGCAGUACGUAGCCAUAUUAUACAAUGUAUAUUGGUUGUGCUUUACAGUAUAGACUAGUUAUUAUAAAUGAACAAUUUUAAAAUAAUGAAUAUUGUUUCAGAAAGUGCAAUAAUAACUGCUUCUUAGCCUUUUUUAGGCUUGUAAGGCGCCUAACCUCAGUGUACUGAUAAUCAAAACACUCCAUUAAAGACUCACUACAUCUCC